GUGCGCGCGUGUGCGUGCGCGUGCGCGCCUCCGUCCGUCCGUCUGUUUUUUGCGCGUCUCUCCGUUCGGCUGGGUGUCGUGUCGCGCGCGCGCUGUGAGUGUGUGUGAGUGUGUGUGAGUGUGUGAGGCGCUUCUGUUAGCAGUGAGAGACUGAGAGUCAUUAAAUAAAUGUAAUAAAAAGAAGAGGUCCUGAGAGAGCUGCAGCGGUGUGGAGUUUAUUCUGUCUGAGGGAAUGUUUCCUGUCACAACAUGCGACUUCUGCACGUCUGUCUGCUGUUUACCUUCAUCACAGGAUUUAACACAUCAGAGGAGGAUCCUGAUCCAUCUCAAAUUCCGUACACGGACUCCGACCGCGACCUCGCGUCUCCCUCUCGGGACCGCUCCACCGGCGUGACCCGCCUCCUGUACAUUUUUGGGCUCAGGAUUGCGCACACACUCUGGACUGCGAGUGUUCGUCAGGGCGGAGGGUACUCCGGAUCGGGCGAUAAGACCAGGCUCCCUUUUGUUCCACAGGAAAGCACACACAAUGGACAGGAAAAAGCUGGAAGCGUGAUCUCUGACCUCGCUUACACGGCUACGCACUCACUCACUGAUUCCAAGCUCUCGUUUACAGAAAAAGAACAAGAUUCGAGUCUCUCGAGUGCUGAAACACGAUGGCCGGGACUUUCUGUGAGCACGCUGACCACAGCGACGAGCGCAAAUUCAAAUACGGGAGCGAGCACGCUUCCGGAAAAAGCUCCACAUACUACAAAAAUAUACUCGGAUGCACAUAAUGACAGGGACGCGCCGUUAGUUCGCUCCGAUGCGCUCAAUGCACUUGCCUCAAAAAUCUUUCAUAGUGGUGACAUCACCGUGAUGUCAUCAGCAUCUACGGUCAGUCGACCUCAUUUAACUACUCUUGGAAAUGAAGCUUCAGUCACAGAACUCGAGACUUCUGAAUCGCAGCGUUUUCAUGAUGUCACUGACGGACGUGACGCGUCAGUGAUGUCAUCAUCGCACACAGCCAAUGAGGGAAGAAAUGCGGUUCGUCAUUCGAGCGAAACAUUCACGACUAAUCGCUUUCCUCAUCCUAAUCAUAUGAACCAAAACAACGCAGAUUUGUCCGUCACUGAUGAAUCGAACUUUCCAAGUGACUCGGUGUCAGAGCUCGAGGUCUCCAAGUUCAGCAGUGUCACGUAUAUAAGCGGCGGCGCGAUGAGGUCAUCAGCAAACACGGACACGUCGGAGAUAGAGGCGAGCCGAACGAAUCGCUUACCCCGAUCGACUCAUAUCAAUGAAAAUGUUUCUAUUCAUACACACUCGUCGCUGGUUGAUGAUUCAAACACCGUGACUGACACUCCCAUCUCUUCAGUUUCACAUCGUCAGAUUGAUGCGUCAACGCUUUCAGAUAGUCACGUAGACGCUUCGGAAAAUACUGCAAACAGGAAAAGGACAGAGUAUUACUCAUACACUCCGUAUUACACCAGUUCCCCCAACACUGACUCGACACCACCUGAGUCAGCUACCACACAGGCUUCACACACCAUCCACAGUGAACACACUGCAGUCCCUGAGCAAACUACUGAGCAACAGAUGAGUGACGCUAACACGCAGCACACGUCUUCUGAAAUUCUUCCUACGCAGUCGGAUUGGAGUUCUGUUCCAUCAACGAGACAGGACUUCACCUCUGCAUCAGCCUCGUAUUCAGCAAACACACUCGGUCAGGGUGAUCCGAUGAACGCUACCACGCUUCCGACUAGCUUCCUAACGUCUCUUAUCACCACCCAGCGAAAUGAUCCUACCACGACGCUCGAGGCUCCAUAUGACACAACGGAAACAAAAUCUAGCACUGGCACUGAAAUACAGACGCAAAAAGAUAACGAUAACGAGAUAAUAACUAUAACAUCAGAGUCAAAUAAUCCGUCUCACGUGACGACUCUUAGCGCUGAAUCUAGACCGACGACCGUCACACACUACACUUCAUCGACUUCCAGGAACGAUCCCGCGACACCUACGACUCCGAAUCCUGCUGUUACACCACCGUCACGUCUCACAUCUCCGUCGACACACACACUCGACGCCGUUACCACCAGCACACCACCGGCAAACCUUCACACCAGUCAGACGGGUCGCCAUAUAACGACGACCCGAUGGGCUGAGACACGAAUCCCAAACCUCCUCACUACAAGCAGAAACACGCCGAUCGUCCAGCGGCACAAUACUACAGCAACAACAGCAACAACAACAACAACAACAACAUCAGCAACAACAACAACAGCAUCAGCAACAACAACAACAGCAUCAGCAACAGCAACAACAACAACAGCAUCAGCAACGACAACAACAGCAUCAGCAACAACAACAUCAACAGCAUCAGCAACAACAACAUCAACAGCAUCAACAGCAGCAACAUCAACAACAGCAUCAGCAACAACAAUAACAACAACAUCAACAGCAUCAACAGCAGCAACAUCAACAGCAGCAUCAACCACAACAACACAGCAAGCACACACAAACACUCGCUCUCAGCCUGGAACACACACACCUUUAACACCUGGAACCACUCAAACGUCUUCGCGCCGCACCUUCGCUACGAAAACCGACAAAGACUGGUCACACAAGGGGCGGGUCUUCAUCACGGAGGACCAACCAGCAAACAUCAGUGUGGAAACAUUCCAAGUGCUGCUGCAGGUGAUACUGGAGGAAAACUCGCCCCCGUACGCAGGACUCGUGGAGGUGGAACCAUUUUUACAAAAUGUGGCAGGAUACCAAGGCCAGCAUGUUACCUGGCUCAGCGGUCCAGUUCUGCAGUCCGUGGUCACGUUCAGGACAGCGGAGGCGGUCUCGUGGCUCGGGAGGGCGGAGUCUCUCUUACAAGAGGCAGGGCUGAGACCGCUUCCAGCACGGGGGGUUUUUGUGAGCGGUGUCCGGGUGAAAAACAUCACAGUGGGAGGUCUGCACAGUGAUGUGUGUUCUUGGUUGUUUUCUUGUCCGUCCGACUUCUACUGCGUCUCUUUCGAGAGGAACGUCACCUGUAGAUCCGUCUGCCACUCCGAGUACUGCAAGAACCACGGCAUCUGUGUCCAUCGGUCCGGACAGCACCCAGUCUGCCAGUGUCCUGUGGGUGAGGAUUUCUGGUUCAUGGGUCAGCGCUGUGACCUCCGCAUGACGCAGCAGAGAUUAGCCGGUGUGUGUUUUGGUGUUUUGGCCGCCAUAGCAGCGCUGAUGGGGCUCCUGGCUUAUCUAGCUGUACAGCGCUUUAAGAAAAUGCUUAUUCAGGCCAAAGCAGAGCAGACACAGAGCAGUUACCGCAGGUUUAACCACUUCGAUGAGCUGUCAGCUCGUUUUUGGAGAAGAUCCUGGCCCGGCUCGGAGGACUCUCUGGACAACACCGCGUUCAGCCGCUCUGAUGAGUUACUGCACAUGAGAGCGCUGGACCGCGCCUGCUGUUACCAUGACGACACACUCUCCAUCGCCUCCACCUACCCAGAUAGUGUUACACACCUCAACACGGUGUAUCCUCACAGCUCUCAGUAUCAUUGGGACAUGAGCAUGUGCAGCCUAGCGGACGGCGUGAUCGAUUCAGGAAAGGCGAGUGACCUGUCCGUGUGCAGCUGGCCGAUCGAACCCAUCCAGUGGACGCCUUUCCCUUUACUACAGCAGCUCAGAAAUACAAACACGGUGAAACCCUCUCGUCCUCGGUCGUACUGCGAGGGCAUGGAGCUGGUGGGUCUGGAGAAGAGCCGGACGGCGUAGCGAGGGAUUAGUGAAGGUCGUAACACACACUCAGGACUCAGGACACUCGGUGCGGAUGCAGUUACUUUACUUGAAAUGGUAGAAGCGACGCGUGUAACGCAACACGGAGUAUUUCUAUGGGAGACGCUCUUUCUUUAUGAAAGAUUAUUGUGGUGUUUUUUUGACAUAAUUUGAAUUAAACAUUACUCUUUAUAGA